CCAGGUCGCUUCUGAAAAAUAGCUAUAUAGCUCAGUGGGCCUUAUCUUGUAAAAUAAUAAUAAUACAAAUUGUGCAUAGUUUGAUGGCCUUCUGCUGAAUGGAUUGGCCACCAAUGCAAUAGACAGCAACCAGCAGGGCCACUCACUCGUCGUCGUAGAUUAUCAUCACAAAGGCCCCAAAAUGAGAACACGCAAAUAAAUAAAACUACGCAAACACGGUCGAGCAUGAAGUGGGUCGCUUAAGUAUGUGUCGCACACACACGUAGGUGCGAAAUGUGUUUUUUUUUUUGGUACAAAGCCAUGGGAUCCCUUCGAGACAAAUUACAAUGAAAGCCGACGAAAACACGUGCCCUCAACUUCCAACAAAUGCCUGCUGCGCACCUCGGCCUCACGAAGAAACUGAUCACGACGUCGGCCCGCUGUUACGCAGCAUGCCCCCUGCCACCCUGCCCCUUGCGUUUCACGGUACGCCCUGCCUUUGCUUGAGUGCACGGGGCUGAGCCUCAAAGGCUGAAGUGGCAGGGCAGUGUGUUUGUGUAAUGUUGCUCAUUUUCAAAGCUUGGGCAGCACUCCGUGGAGAUUGCUUUCUUACGCAAUGAAAGCGAAAGAGAAGCGGACCUGAUGAGGUGUCUUAACAAAACACUCGCUGCUAUAUAACGGCAUCGACAACGGUCGAUCGCUUUAUGAGCCUUUCCAAUCUCCCUGCGCACGCUGUUUCGGAUGAAAAUCGGAAUACAUUUUUUGGGCAUCCUUUCCGACAUCAUCAUCAUCAUCAUCACCACAAAUCGUGGCGAUGAAGAAGGCACUGGUGACCGCCGCCUUCCUGGGUCUCGUCUCCCUGCUCGUGUUCUCUGUUGAGAAAGGAGCAGAGAGCUCCCUGACAGGCUACCUGGGAAAGCUGGGAGACCCUUUUGUGAACACCGCCGUGCAAGAGGCUCUGCACAUGGUCGACAGCGCAAUUUUCAACACAGUGAAGAGGAGCUCCAGUAUUAAGAAGAGUCUGACCCCCGUGGAGCUCUUGGCUUUCUUUAAAAGACCUGAGCCAGAGAGUCAGCAGAUCAACCGAGCGGCCGAGGUUAUGGAAACAACACUGCACCUCAUCAAACACAAGGUUCACCAGCGGCACAAGCGCUCUGUCAAUGCCACAGACCUGCUGUCCAUGGACGUGCUGCGGACAGUCGCCAGCCUCUCGGGCUGCCGGCCACACCUGCAGACCCCCGCCUGCCCCAACACGUGCCUCGCCAGCAAGUACCGCACCAUCAGCGGCAUGUGCAACAACAGGUUCAACCCGCGCUGGGGCUCGACGAACGUGGCGCUGGCUCGCUGGCUACCCGCGGAGUAUGAAGACGGCUUCAGCGAGCCCAAGGGCUGGAAUCCCGGCCGCCCCUACAACGGCUUUCCUCUGCCCAUGGUGCGCACGGUCUCCAACGAGGUGAUGAGCACCCGCAGCGGGCAGCUCACGGACGACGAUGUCUUCUCGCACAUCAUCGUCGAGUGGGGGCAGUACGUCGACCACGACUUCGCGCUGACGCCCCAGAGCCUCAGCCAGACGGCGUUCAUGAGCGGCCUCAACUGCAAGGAAACGUGCGACAACCGUAACCCCUGCUUCCCCAUGAAGGUGCCGGCGAACGACCCCCGCGUGACGGACCGCGCCUGCCUGCCGUUCUUCCGUUCGUCGCCCGUGUGCGGCACGGGCGAGCAGAGCGCGUGGUUCGGCGCCGUGGGGCCCCUGGCGCCGCGGCAGCAGAUCAACGCGCUCACCUCGUUCAUCGACGCUUCCACCGUGUACGGCAGCACGCCGGCGGCGGCGCGAGCCCUCCGCGACCUCGACGCCGACGAGGGCCUCAUGAAGGCGAACGCGCGCUUCGACGACGGCGGCCGCGAGCUACUGCCCUUCCAGACCACGGGGCUGCCGACGGCGUGCGCGCAGGACCCCGACGACCCGUUCGGCGAGCGCAUCGAGUGCUUCGCAGCGGGCGACAACCGCGCCAGCGAGGUGCUCACACUCGCCUCCGUGCACACGCUGUGGGUGCGCGAGCACAACCGCCUGGCGCGGGCGCUGCGGCAGAUGAACCCGCACUGGAGCGGGGAGACGACUUACCAGGAGGCGCGCAAGAUCGUGGGCGCCCUGCACCAGAUAAUCACAAUGAGAGACUAUUUCCCCAAAAUCCUGGGCGAAGUGGCCUUCGAGGAGCAUAUUGGAUCCUUCAAGAGCUACAACCCGGGCAUAAACCCCACGGUCUCCAACGUGUUCACCACGGCCGCCUACCGCUUCGGCCACGCCACCAUCUCGUCGCAAAUCCGCCGUCUCGACGAGAACUUCCAGGAGCACCCGCGGUUCUCCACCAUAGAUCUGCACGAGGCCUUCUUCUCGCCGUGGAGGAUCAUCAAGGAAGGAGGGUUGGACCCCCUUCUGCGGGGGCUGCUGGCGCGGCCGGCCAAGCUGUUCGUGGCCGACCAGAUGAUGACGGAGGAGCUGCGCGACCGGCUCUUUGAGCUCACGGACAAGGUGGCGCUUGACCUCGCGUCGCUCAACCUGCAGCGGGGUCGUGACCACGGCCUCCCAGGCUACAACGACUGGCGCCAAUUCUGUGGGCUGUCUCGCCUGGAGACGGCCGCCGACCUCUCCAGGGCCAUCUCGUCCCCCGACCUGGUGGCCAAGCUCAUGGAGCUCUACGGCCACCCCAACAACGUGGACGUUUGGCUCGGCGGGCUGGCCGAGGACCUGCUCCCGGACAGCCGGGUGGGGCCUCUCUUCGCCUGCCUCAUCGGGCGCCAGAUGAAGGCUCUGAGAGACGGGGACAGGUUCUGGUGGGAGAACCCGGGCGUGUUUACUCCCGCCCAGCGCACGGAGCUGAGCCGCCACUCACUGUCGCGCGUCGUCUGCGACAACUCCGGCCUCACCGAGGUCCCCGUGGACGCCUUCAUCCUGGGCAGGUAUCCCGCCGACUUCGUCUCGUGCUCAAGCUUGCCGGCGCUCGACCUCCAAGCCUGGCAAGAGAGGCCGACAGGUACCGGCGGCGUCGCGAGCGUCCGACUCGUUGCCCGCAGUCGAGCGGCUGACGACGCCCAAAAGUCGGACCGACUCCCCUGGCGGUCCUCGCCGAAGGAAUGUGGAAUCCGUUCGCUUUUGUUGUUCGUUCCGUCACCGAGUUAGGGUCACCGGGAGGGAUGAGCACUGCCCGCGCACCCGUUGGAGCAGGGAGACAACCUGACUCCACUGACUCUGACCUGCACUGCUCCUCAGUCAUGAGUCGCGCUACUCACCCCACACACACACAAACACAC